ACUUCCUGAUUAUGUUAAUAAAACAUAUAAAAGUCAUAAAUUCUCGUUUGAUAAUUUUAUAAAACAUAUUACGCAUAUUAUAACGUCUAAGUAUCAUCCAGUUUCACAACUCAACUCAUUUUUAAUAUAUUUAUUAUCAUCCGCAAAACCCUUGUCAAAUAUGUCAUUUGUUUUCGGAAUUUGUUUAGUUUUAAUCGGAUUGACGUAUGCAGAAGUCCGAAUAACAAAUCAUAAGGAAUUGAUGGACGAAGGGUUUAAUGGUUUCUUAACUUGCGUGUCACAAUUAGGUCUAAGUAUUGAAACGUGCGGCGAUUUAUUGGACGACAAAUUUAAUAGUAACGAUACCAAAUAUGACGGUUGUAAAUGUUUAUUACCAUGCAUAGCUAAAAUAAUCGGAACGAUGAACGUCAGUGACGGCAAGUGGAAUGAAAAACGAUAUUGGGAAAUUACGGCGUUGGUCGAAGUACCGGAGUGGAAACAAGAAGCAGAAAUAAUUGGAAAAAAUUGCGGAGACAGUGUAAACACACAUUGUUCAGCUGGUUUUCCUUUAUUCCAGUGUGCGUUAAAACAUUCUAAAAUGCUUCAAAAUAUAUCAAAGAAUUUUAUGCUUCAAAAACAAGCAGAUAUUGAAGCUAUGAACGCUACAAAUUUUGAAUACGAAAAUGACGAUCAAAACAAUCAAACAACACAUUAACUAUAAUCGGGUCACAUAAAAUGAAUUGUUAGUAUACUUAUAUAUUAUUACUCUUGACUCUGCACAAAUACACAAAUACCCACAUAAUACUGCAUAUUAUUGUAAAUGUAUUCAGUAAAUAAUCGUCAACAUUUUGUAAUAAUAAUGUAUCUUAAUUAAUUAUUUGAAUAUAUGAUUAAAAUGAGAUGGUGAUAACAUAUA